AUGAGAAGCUCUGGCCUUCGAGUUCCGACAAUAUUUCGGGCUUUUGCAAACCAAAAUGGUGGAUUCGAGAUGGUUGGGUUUCAGGUGAAAGACAUCUAUAAUGCAAUUGAGAAGCAAAGAAGAGCUGGAGCAAGCGACACGGAUAAUGCACUCAAGUAUUUACAAAUGUUGAAGAGGCGUGACCCCUGUAUGUUUUGGAAGUAUUCGUUGGAUGAACAACGGAGGCUCCACAAUAUAUUUUGGUGUGAUGGUGCAAGUCAGUAUGAUUUCAAUGUUUUCGGAGAUGUUAUGGGGUUUGAUGCAACGUACGGGAGGAAUAAGUACAAAUGUCCCCUUGUGAUAUUCUCUGGCGUGGAUCACCACAUGCGCACUGUUGUGUUUGGAUGCGCAGUUCUCUCAAAGGAAGGGGAGGAAAGCUAUGUGUGGUUGCUUCGGGCAUUUCUGGAGGCCAUGAAAGGAAAGGCUCCUAAGUCCGUUAUUACCGACGGUGAUCAAGCCAUGAAGAGUGCGAUCAAAGCUGUAUUUCCAGAAGCACAUCAUUGA